GCGUUUGGGAUUCGUGGUUUAUUACAACAGACGAUCGCAUGAAGCAUGAUGCACAAUUUCAGUUUCUUAAACCUGUAAAUGGGUUUAUAACGGGUGAACAAGCGAGAAUUUUUUUCCUUAAAUCUGGGUUGCCCCCCAUGGUGCUAGGACAGAUAUGGUUUGUCACCUUCUAUAGCCUUAAAUUUAGGUCACUCGCUGACAUUACUGGCGAUGGAAAAAUGGAUAAAAAGGAAUUUUCUAUUGCAAUGUUAUUGGUUAAAAAGAAGCUUGAAGGGAUGUCCCUUCCCAACGUUCUGCCAGCAAGUCUCAAAGGAGAACCGAAGGUUGUAUUCUCCACAAGCGUUUCUCUAGGAGGUCUUCAAACUCUUAGUCUUAAUACCUUGACUUCAGUGCCUGCCUCUAAUGGGCAACAGAACUCUGAUUGGUCAAUACCACCUAACACUCGACCUCGCUAUAAAUUGCAAUUUAAUCAGCAUGAUAAGAUUAAAAAAGGCUUUUUAACUGGGAACGAGGCGAGAUCAAUUUUUAUCCGUUCUGGACUAUCCCAAAACACUCUUGCACAAAUUUGGUAUGUCCUACCAAUCAAUUUGUAUUCUUUCAGUUAA